AUGGACCAGGUGCAGGCAAGUAAGAUGUUAGUGGCUACGAAGGACUCUGCAGAAGACUCCGGAACCCAUGAGGUUGUUAAUACGGAGCGCGUUCCCGUGGGUGCGUGCGCCUCCUCGGAGGCCGCGGCGGCGGCGCCUCUGAGGCAUUCCAUCAAACACCUCAGGGGCAAGCGCAGGGUCUUCUUCUUGGACGUGAACCCCCUCUGCUACGAGGGCUCCCACCCGAGCCUCGCGUCCUUCGCGCGGUGGGUCGAGCUCUUCUUCUCCCGCGUCGCCCUCCGUGACCCCGUCGUCGCGGUUCUUGAUGGGGAGGAAGGGAACGAGUAUAGGAGGCGACUGAUGCCGUCGUAUAAGGCGCAUCGGAGGAGGGGGGAUUCAUGGGGUUCCCGGGGUGGGUCGAGAGGUGGUGGGUUGAGCUCGGUUGAGCCGUACGUGACCGAUGUGCUCCAGCAGUGCAAUGUUCCGGUUGUUAAAGUUAAUGGUUAUGAGGCCGAUGAUGUAGUGGCUACACUAACAGAUCAAGUUCUACAAAAGGGAUUUCGGGUUGUAAUUGGCUCCCCAGAUAAAGACUUCAAGCAGUUGAUAUCAGAGGAUGUGCAGAUAGUUAUGCCUGUUCCUGAAUUUGGGCGCUGGUCAUUUUACACUUUGAAGCAUUACUUUGCUCAGUACAAGUGUGAUCCUACUGCUGAUCUGAGCCUCCGGUGCUUCACGGGUGAUGAAGUUGAUGGUGUUCCUGGGAUUCAGCAUUUGGCACCCGGAUUUGGUCGCAAGACAGCCAUGAAGCUCUUAAAGAAGCACGGUUCUCUAGAAAACUUGCUAAAUGCAGCUAAAAUAAGAACGGUUGGUAAAGACUAUGCCCAGGAUGCUCUGACUAAGUAUGCUGAUUACUUGCGGAAGAAUUAUGAAGUUCUGAGCCUCAGGAGGGAUGCUGAUGUUAAACUUGCGGACGAGUGGUUGUCCGAGAGGGAUACAUGUAAUGACUCGAUUGCUUUGUCCAGCUUCCUCAGUAAGUUGAAUGAAGACAAGAAGUUAGAUAGCAGUAGAUGGAGAAGAAGAUGCACGGCGAGUAAGAUUUCGUAGCCGACAGUCUUCUUUCCAGAUUUCGUUAAACAACGAGCUUUUUUUGACAGCAUUCUGGCAGCUGACUUCCAUGCCAACCUGAAGCAGCGUGGAAUCAUGUUUGGCAACAAUGCGACCGAUUCCCAGGUCCAAUUUUCAUGCAAAGCGCACGGCUCAAGUGCCAAUUCGUGCUGAUGAAUCACUCUCUGGGUGAAACCAUGCCUCCGUUGAUCGGUAUCUCUCUAUAACAACCUUUCUUUCUGUCGAUGUUUAUACUGCAUCAUCUUCUUUUGUUAUACACAAUUCAGAUCUCCGGAUCGCAAUGACAACUUCUGUCAACUCUUUUCCAUUGCGAGCUCUAUAUAAUUCUCUGAAUCAAGAACAUUGUGUUUUCACUUAUCUGAACUGUGAAAUAUUACUUUGGAAGCUCGUGCUGCGAGCCUUAAAUUUGAAACCCGCAAGGGGGGAUCGAACGCCCGACCUCAUUGACGGCA